ACCUCUGUCUCCCUCUUGUGGCGGUUGCGUAAGUUACAGGGGAAAAUCGCCCAGCCGGACCUGGAGGCGGAUGCAAGUCCACCUUACCUGCAGUGCAUUUCUGCAAGAUGCUAGAUGUCCAGUUUCAUCGCUUGUGUUUGGUGGUCUUAGCGUUCGGUUUUCACCUCGGAAGGGCGGCGGAGGUCUCAGUAUGGAGCGUAAACAUCAACUCGACACAGGACGCUGUGUUUCGGAAGACGCUGUACGCCAACACCACCAUCUUUAUGAGGUUUCUGAACAACAUGGGGUCAUGUGAAAAAUUUCUGGCCUUUAACAUCAGCUGGUACCUGCGCUCGUCCGUUUGCUACAAUGAGGUCUUCAACACCCCAGACAACAAAGCGAUGAACAUGUUCGGCAUGGACCACAUGUUGAAAGACGGUUGGAGCGGCUUCUACACUCAGGGCUACAUGUACUUUGAGAACUGCUCCUACCUUUUCACCCCGAAGGUUUAUUUCCCAGACUUCAACCCCUAUCAGCCACUGUCCAGUCCAAAGAGUGAUCCAUCAAAUCAGACCUUUACUUGGCCUGAAAAACCGGAAAUCAGCGCGGUGGCCAAAGCCUGGGUGGACGGGCCCUACCUGUUCAUAGUGAAGGUGCAGCCUGUGGCUCGCAGCUUGGAGAUAGAAGACAUCUUAUCAGAGCAGCUCAACUUUGCUUUCACAAUGAAAGUGGAGAUGAAAGGACCACAUGACUACUCGUCCCCAGCAGACUGGCCUCUGAUGAUCUUCUUCAUGGUGAUGUGCAUCGUGUACGUUCUGUUCGGGGCGCUCUGGCUCUUCUGGUGCGUCUGUUACUGGAGGGAUCUGCUGCGGAUCCAGUACUGGAUCGGCGCCGUCAUCAUCCUCGGCAUGCUGGAGAAAGCCGUCUUCUACUCCGAAUACCAGAGCAUCCGCUACAAAGGAGACUACGUCCUGGGAGCUGUGAUUUUUGCCGAGCUGCUCUCUGCGCUCAAACGAUCCCUGGCUCGAAUCCUGGUUCUCAUAGUCAGUCUUGGUUAUGGCAUAGUCAGACCACGGCUGGGUACCACGGUGCACCGCCUGGCGGCCGUUGGACUCCUCUACCUCCUCUUCUCCUCUGUAGACGGAGUGCUCAGAGUGACGGGCGUAAGUAACCAACUUUCUAUAUGAGACAUUUUUAAGCAA